CAGUUGUCUUGUUACAAGGAAUGCCACUAAAUCAUAUUAUGGAACUAAAUUAUUAAAUAGAUCAUAUCUACACUAUGAGAAACCAAGGAGAUCAAACACUGAUCUAUGUAUAAAAAUAUACACGUAUUUCUCAAAAUUGCACUUCCGAUGCAAGACCUUUAGGAAGUUUUGGUUCCCUAAAGUUUUAAAACUUGGCAGAAAGUGAUUCUAUGGAUCGAAUCUAGAUCUAAAAGCCUAUACAUUUCCUCGCAUGCCAAACUUAGAUCAGCUCUAGAGAUAUUCUACUCUAGUUAAGACGUGUGAUUCAAUACUAAACAGAUCUAGAUCUAGAACUGUACGUCAGUUCUGGGCUACACUUUCUGUAAAACACUGUUGACCAAGCACUGGCACAUGCAUACAAAUGAUACAUAGGCCUACACAGGAACGCGCAUCACUAAGCCUUUAAAUAUUAGAAAGAUCUAAAUUAAAAUAUGUAUGAAAAAUAGAUUAUUAGAUAUUUUUAAUUCUGUAUUGAGACAUGUAUCUACAGUAUAAUAGGUCUAAUAAAUCAUUUAGUUAUAUAGGCUAGUUUUAUCUAGUGUUGCUGACUUGCUGUACAGGCCCUAGUAUAAUAAUUUUGAUAUGAACUUAUUUAUAUGGCAAUAUAGAUCUAUAUAUUUCUUUAGCGCGUUUUGAAUGUCAAGACUCAAUAUCAUCACUAAGAAAGUUAUUUUUUAAAAAAUAUUUGGACAGUCUUUUUUAAUUAGGCCUAAGCCUGUAGCUGAAGUGGUAGACUUAAAUGAAAAAAUAUAGUAGCCUAACUUAUUUGAUCGGCUAAUCUAGGUUUAAUCGAGUCAUGAGGCUAUUUCAAAGAUUAAGUGCUACUAUUUGUCCUACACGGUGUCAUUUUACAAAAGCUACCAAAGUGUUAUUCUCCAGUCGUUAUUUACUGUACACCAAUACUGCCUUGAGCACUGUAGUAUCAGUGGCUGGAGAUCUGAUACAGCAAAACUACCAGAGAAUACAAAAUGAUAACAGUCGCAUAUGGAGUUCCGAAAGAACAGUAAAAAUAGCAGCUGUAGGACUUGCAUUUGGUCCCAGUGUUCAUUACUGGUAUAUAGGCCUUGAGAAAUUGGUUCCUGGCAAAACAUUACGAGCGAUAAUGAUAAAGGUAUGCAUGGAUCAGUUCAUCUUCUCCCCGUACUCUAUUUCAAUGUUUCUUAUCAUCAUUGGCAUAAUAGAGGGACAAGGAUUCGAUCUAUUGAAGAAUCAGUUUAAAAAAACAGCAGGUUUGAUGUUUAUGACAGACAUGUCAAUCUGGACACCGGCACAAUUGGUCAACUUUUAUUUUGUGCCCAUCAAGUACAGAGUCUUGUAUGACAACUGCGUUUCGCUCCUUGCUGACACAUUGUAUUCGUACUUGAGAUUUGACCAUGACAAGUACGACUUAGAAGAUAAUGAUGAACAAUAGGAAGUGGCGGGAGCCUGAUUGUUGUCAACUUUCUUUUGAGAAACAAACAAAAAAAGUGUUGUCAACUUUCCUUUGAGAAAAAACUAAAGAAAAGUGUAUCAAUUAGUUUGAAACUAAAUUUUUUUUUGUAGUAUGGAUUAUUGUAGUUAGUACUGAGAAUAAUUUGUCAUCUUUAAUAUACAUCUCUAAUAAAGUAUCUAAUAUAUUAUAUAGUAUACAUCACAUUUAUACAUAUAUAUUUAAUACAAUGUUGUUUUUUUCAA